AUGGUCAGUCCCCAGCCCACGUGCACCUGCAGGGCUGAACUGAAAUUCACGUGUCUUUGUGUCAAGCUCAUUUUUAAAUUGUAUUUUGCAGCACUUACUCAAGUACAGGGAGAAGAUGUCCCAAACCCAGAAGCAGCAAAGGAAGUUUUGGAAGGAGAAAAGCCAGGUAAACAGGAUAAAUACAGAAGCAUUUUGAAAGAGAAGGUCCAGCAAAUCUGGAAGAACUUUUGGCCUGGAGCCAGUGAGAACAUUCACACAGUCACCCAAAGAUAUGAGACACAGAUUCCAUUCUGUAAUCCUAAAAUGCUCAGGGGGCCAUUUCCACACACGGUGGUGCUGCACGGUCCAGCAGGCAUAGGGAAGACCACUCUGGCCAAGAAGUGCAUGCUGGACUGGACGCAGGACACCCUCAUGCAGACCCCCUGCGUUGCUUUCUAUCUCAGCAGCAAGGUGGUCAGCAGCAAGGGGACUUGCUCCUUUGCAGAGCAGCUGGUGGAGAGCACCCCAGACCUGCAGCGCACCCUUCCGCAGGUCCUGGCCCAGGCGCACAAGCCCCUACUGGUCAUUGAUGCUUUCGAGGAGCUGCGCGUGUCCUGGGGCACAGGGGCACUGGCACACGACCUGGGAGGUGACUGGAGGACGCGGAGGCCUGCGCCGGUGUUCCUGGGCAGCCUGCUGAAGAGAAAGCUCUUCCCCACGGCCACCCUGCUGGUCACCAUCCAGCCCGAGGCCCUGAGGGAACGGCGGCUCCUGGUGGAGCAGCCACUCUUGGUGGAGAUGGAGGGGCUCUCCGAGCGCGACAGGAGGAUGUAUUUCCUGCGACACUUAGGAGAGGAAGCUCAGGCCCUGUGUGCUUUCCAGCUGAUGAGAAGCAUGGCGCUGUUCUGCAUGGGUGCAGCGCCCACCGCGUGCUGGAUGGCGUGCACCUGCCUGAGGCUGCAGAUGGCCGAGGGUGCGGACCCCCGGCUCACCUGCCGGACCGCCACGUCUCUGCUGCUGCACUUCCUCUACAGCCGGUUUGCGCCUGUGUGGGGCCAAGGCCCGGGUCCGUGCCUCGCAGCUUCCCUGCGCACCCUGUGCCUGCUGGCCACCAAGGGCACAUGGGCGCAGACCGCGGCGUUCGAUGGACACGACCUGUGCAGGCUGGGCAUGCACGAGUCUGACCUGCGCCCUUUCUUGCACCGGGGCAUCCUCCAGAAGGACAGAAACACGGGGGGGGGGGGGUGCUACUGCUUCGUCCACCUGAGCAUCCAGCACUUCUUGGCUGUUGCAGUCUGUGUCCUGGGGAGCGAGGGCCGCCAAGACACGGGGAGCCCCAUCUGGCACGCUGGGGGUGUGCAGAGGCUGCUCUCCAAGGAAGAAGGCCUCAAGAAUCCCCACCUGGCCCCCGUCAGGCGCUUCCUGUUUGGCCUCCCCAAUGAAAAGAGGGCCAGGGAGCUGGGGACCACCUUUGGCUGCCCAGUGUCCACUCAGUUCAAGCGGGAGCUACUGGAAUGCACAGUGCAGUCCCCUGAACACAGACCCUUCUCCUCGGUGACAGACACGAAGGAGACCUUGUAUUGUCUCUACAAAUCCCAGGAGGAGCACCUUGUGAAGGAGGCCAUGGCCCAGGUCACAGAAGUGUCCCUGCAUUUGGAAGAUACCUCGGACCUGGUGCAUGCAUCGUUCUGCCUCAAGGGUUGUGAAAACUUGCAGAAAAUGUGGCUGUGGGUAGAAAAGGGGGUGUUCCUGGAGAACAAUACGGGGAUCAGAGAUGAUCAGUAUGUGCUUCCUUUCUGGAUGGAUCUUCUUUCCGUGUUCGACUCAAACAAGAGUCUGGUGUUUCUAGACAUUGGUCAGAGCUUCCUCAGUACCUCAUCCGUGAAGCUGCUUUGUGAAAAAAUAGACUCCGCUCCCCAUAAUCUUCAGAAAGUGGUCCUCAAAAAUACUUUCCCAGUGGACACCUAUCAGAACUUCUGUGUUGUUUUUUGUGGUCACGAGACUCUCACCCUUCAAGGAAAUGACAUCUGACCCUUCAAGGAAAUGACCAGACAUCUGACCCUUCAAGGAAAUGACCAGAGUGAUAUGCUGCCCGUAUUGUGUGAGAUCCUGACACACCCACAGUGUAACCUACAAUACCUCAGGUUGGUGUCUUGUUUGGCCGCCCCCCAGCAGUGGGCCCAUCUGUCCUGCUCCCUCAGGAUCAGCCAGUCCCUCACGUGCCUGAGCCUCACAGGAAUUGAGCUCCCGGAAGAGAGCGCCAAGUUGCUGUGCACGAGUCUAAGACACCCAAAGUGCUUCCUGCAGAGGCUGUUGCUGGAAGACUGUCACCUUACAGCAGCAUGUUGCAAGGAACUGUCCUCUGCCUUGAUCGUCAACCAGCGGCUGACGCACCUGUGCUUGGCCAAGAAAGCCCUGCGAGACGGUGAGGUAAAGCUGCUGUGUGAAGGCUUGAGUUACCAGGACUGCCAACUGCAGGGGCUGGUGCUUUGGUACUGUAGCAUAACCAGCAGCAGCUGCAAUUAUCUGUCAACACUUCUCCAGCAAAAUUCAAGCCUUACACACUUGGAUCUGGGGCUGAAUCACAUAGGAUUUACUGGACUCAAGUUUCUGUGUGAGGUUUUGAAGAAGCCAACCUGUAACCUCAAAUGUCUAUACAUUUUUCACAAUGACCAAGAGAGGAAACAAUGUAAAUUAUCAUCAACAGAUGAUGGGAUAAAGAAGAUGUUGAAGAUAGAUAAAUCUGAUCCUCAAAUCCAGAUGCUGCUGAAAGAAAUCCAAGAACAUGACCCACAAUUGACCAUCGAGAGUGAUAAUCAAGAUCCAACCACUAACCGACCUUUUUCACAUGACUUCAUUUUCUGA